CUUGUGGAGAUAGAAAACUGCAUGCAAGUGUGACCUUCACCCGUAAUAAACCCGCUGCUGUCAAUGGGGAUUCUGUCAAAGGUUUCCCAUUAACACUGAAACCAGUCUCGAUCGUUACCAGUAAAGUUUGGCCGACAGAGAAUGCUUGUUAAAGUAUAUAUAUAGAACAGAAUAUACUCAGUGAAACGGUUACACCACCAAAGAUGUCAAUCAAAACAAUAAGACAGGAUGUGUAUGCAGAUGAACAGAAGGAGGAUAUUGGGGCAGUUGUACGGCGCAGCAUUGGAUUGCCAGAGGUUGAUUACUUGGAUCCGUUUCUGAUGCUGGAUGAGUUUUAUGUGACGCCUCCAGCAGGGUUCCCCGACCAUCCUCACAGAGGGUUUGAGACCGUAUCAUAUGUACUGCAAGGGGCCGGGAUGCACGAGGAUUGUUGUGGCCACAAGGGGACGCUACACGCUGGUGAUGUACAGUGGAUGACCGCUGGUCGAGGGAUUGUCCACUGUGAGAUGCCCCACGGCACCGAGGAGGUGCAUGGCCUACAACUGUGGGUUAAUCUAGCCAGCAAGGACAAGAUGAUUGAGCCAGCCUAUCAGGAACUCCUGGACAAAGACAUUCCACGGGUCACUAAGGACAAUACCACUGUCAAGGUCAUCGCUGGGGAAUCCCAGGGUGUUGAGUCACCAAUGCUGACCAGGACACCAACAAUAUAUUUAGACUUCAAGAUGCAGAAAGACGGCAAACUGGUUCAGCCAAUCAAGAAGGGCUGGAAUACUUUUGUUUAUAUACUUAGCGGUAAAGCCACGUUUGGACCUGAAGGGAAACAGACCGAGGGAUGCCCACAUCAUGCCCUCAUUCUCAGUGAGGAGGGCGACAACUUAGUCGCUGUAAACAAGGGACCAGAGGAAUGUCAUUUUGUGUUAAUAGGUGGUCAACCUUUAAAUGAACCAGUUGCUACCCACGGUCCAUUUGUGAUGAAUACUGAAGAUGAGAUUCAGCAAGCCAUUCUUGACUACAAGCUGAAACAAAAAGGAUUCGAGAUCGCUAAAACUUGGAAGUCGGACUAUCUAACAAAUCGGUGACGUUUCGUCAUUUGAUAGUGUGUAAUGUUUAGAAAGGAUUAUUACCGUGAUAUGUACGUGGAAUGUGCUUCGGAAUGCUGUACUGGGUUGGAUGAUAUAAUGUUGACUUAUAUGAGUGUGCUACAAGGUAAUUAACCCUUUCACCCCUAUGUAACUUUAGUAAACUCUUCCAUGCAUUGAUAGGGAUGAGUCUAUUAUGGUCUACAGUGGUGAAAGGGUUAACCUUCAUAUGGGUCAAUGUCACAGUUACAAGUAAUUAACUAUCAAGUGUAAUGCUUCAAUGACGUCUUUUUGAGGUUCCAGAAAUUUAGUUUUUUGGUAUAUGUCACGUGUCAAAACGUAGAUAAUAUUCUGAGAAAUUUAUAGCGUUUCAAUUUUUAUAUGGCCAUCAAAAAUGGAGCAUAUUAUAUGUUAUUGGACAUUAUUGUAGAAUAUAGUUUUUGAGUAAGACAAAGAGUGAAUUUAAAAUUCAGAAAUAUUGUUGCUCUGCAAAUUACACUCUGAAACUGAAUCGGAGACCUACACAGACACAUAUACCCUAAGUAGUCAGAUAGAUAUGCUCUGGUCAGUCGCUUUCAAACCAGUUUCAACCAAAACGGGAAACACCACGGUUUCCGCUGCUUGAAUAUUAAUUUCAUGAUGAAAAUUAUACAGCAUCCUGAGCCUCCUUUUUAACAUCAAGUGAUAGCUAAAGGAGAAGACGAGGGGCCCACAGAAUCAACUAAAUUCACACCAGCAAAAAUCUAUAUAUAAACACUCGUUCUUCCCCAGGACUAUUGUAAAUUGGAAUUCCCUACCAAGUUAUCUAGCACAGGAGCAAAACCUAAACUCAUUAGGUGUGCCCUUGCUAGUUUCAACUUACCCUAAAUUAUUUCCUGUUUUUAUCUUAUAGUGAAAAAUACCAAAACACUUUGUUUUUUAAUGUCGCCUCCUAGGACAAUAUGCACUCAAACCUUUGAGUCUGAUCCUUAAUAUGGAAAAAGAAGCAGAAAAUGUGUAAAAUAACACAGAGGUAAUUCAAAGCUGUAUACGGUAUUUGUCACCCUACAUUUAUGUAAUUAACAUUCAAUUGUGACUUUGACCCAUGUAUUGAAAUGCGUAAGUGUAGCUUUUGUAAAUCUGUCUCUGUGACCCCGCGUUGGAGCUUAGAAGGCACCGUAUACAAGGUAUAAUAUAAUGUUGUAUAAUUAUCAAUGUUUUUAAGUGCAAAUUGGUAGGUUUAUGAAUUCUAUUUAUAGCAAUGUAUAAAGAAAACUGUCGUAGCCCUCCAUUGUUUGUGGGGACACCCCAUCUCUGUGUGUGGUGCCAUGAUCCUUUAAUACCUACCCUGAAUGAACCAGCAAGGGCCUAUUUGUUUAUGCCGAACAUUCGGUUUUUCUGUUUUAAAAUGCAACAUUUUCGGGUAUAUGCAGGUCUUGCAAUGCUUUGUCAAGACUCAUCUGAAAACAUUAUCAGAUUAAUUAGUCCGACUUUACUUUAAAAACAAACAACCUUUAGGAUCGCGAUUAACGAAAGCGGCCCUGUUUACAGAUUACACAGGUUCCGUUUUUUGUAGAUCAUUGGAACUAAACUGACAUUUAUACUUUACAAUGGUACAAACUUUAUGAUGGUGUAAUUUUGUAAGAUUUCUAUCGUUGGAAAUAAUUUGGCUAGUGAACCAUUUUAUUGACUUGUAUUCUGCUUCAGCAGGCUGUAGUAUCUAGAUUUCAUAAGUGAUGAUAUCAUGAUUUUUGUACUUAUGUGUAUGUUCACCAGGCAGUAGUUUUUUUCAAAUGAUCCACAACUUGCCAAAGUCAGAAAUAGCAUUAUUUUUUGUUUUCCUUUUCCGACUUAGUCAAAGAUUAGGUAAUACACACAGCAGCUUUAGUGUAUAGGUGGGUGUUUAUCCUUACUCUUGCCAAAAUAUAAAACCUUGUAUUUGAAGGAUGCUGUAUCAAUCCUUUAGAUUUAUUUUGUACUUAGCUCAGUCUGUUGGUCUCUUUUGAACUAAUUAUCCCUGUAGUGGUCGUAGCCUACUUUUGAAGUAAGCACCCUGUAUAGUAGCUGUAGUCUACUCAAACUUUUGAAGUAAGCACCCUGUGUAGUGGCUGUUGUCUACUUAAACUUUUGAAGUAAGCACCCUGUAUAGUAGCUGUAGUCUACUCAAACUUUCGAAGUAAGCACCCUGUGUAGUGGCUGUAGUCUACUCAAACUUUUGAAGUAAGCACCAUGUGAAGUGACUGAAGUCUACUCAAACUUUUGAAGUAAGCACCCUGUAUAGUAGCUGUAGUCUACUCAAACUUUCGAAAUAAGCACCCUGUGUAGUGGCUGUAGUCUACUCAAUUUUUUGAAGUAAGCACCCUGUAUAGUAGCUGUAGUCUACUCAAACUUUCGAAAUAAGCACCCUGUGUAGUGGCUGUAGUCUACUCAAUUUUUUGAAGUAAGCACCCUGUAUAGUAGCUGUAGUCUACUCAAACUUUUGAAGUAAGUACCCUGUAUAGUAGCUGUAGUCUGCUCAAACUUUUGAAGUAAGCACCCUGUGUAGUAGCUGUAGUCUACUCAAACUUUUAAGGUAAGCACCCUGUGUAGUGGCUGUAGUCUACUCAAACUUUCGAAGUAAGCACCCUGUGUAGUGGCUGUAGUCUACUCAAUUUUUUGAAGUAAGCACCCUGUAUAGUAGCUGUAGUCUAGUCAAACUUUUGAAGUAAGCACCCUGUGUAGUGGCUGUAGUCUACUCAAACUUUUGAAGUAAGCACCCUGUGAAGUGACUGAAGUCUUCUCAAACUUUUGAAGUAAGCACCCUGUGAAGUGACUGAAGUCUACUCAAACUUUUGAAGAAAGCACCCUGUGUAGUUUACUCACACUCUUGAAGCAAGUUUGGCCUUAACUCAUUCACCCCUGAAGACACAUUUGAACUCUUCUAAUUCAGAGGUUGGAAUAGUUCAUUAUGAAAUUUCAGGGAUGAAUCAGUUUAAAGCUACCGUAUAAUGGGUCAUUUAAGGGGGCUUAAAUUUUCGAGAUUUUGAUCCAAACCUCGAAAAUUAUAUUUACAAGGAUUAUAAUGCAAUGUAGACAUGUGAAGUAACUUUAGUUUCAUGGCGUUUAAACACGAGACGGGCACUCAGCAUAUACACUGUCAAAUUGAGCCUUAUUGAACAUGCAACCACAAGUAAGUGUAAUUUGUUAACAAAUCUUCAGAAAAAGUAUUAGAUGUGCGAUAUAACCUAAUUUUAAACAUCACUUCUCUUUAUGUAAAUGAAUCGUCACAACCACGUACGCGCUAUUCCAUGACGCCAUUACGGUUAUGAAGUUUAUCAUCACGACUCAUUAUUUUCACGAUCUCUUUAUUGACCCGAAAGUAUCGUCACCGCAGAAAUAUCCUGCUAUAUGUAUAAUUCUGUGUAUCGGCCGUAGCCUACUCGCACUUUUGAAGUAAGUAUAUGGCCGUGUAGGUCUACAGGCAUUAGGUUUGUAAAACUUCACCCUUUUAUCCCUAUGUAACUUUGAUAAACUCUACCGUGCAUUGAUAUGGAUAGGUCCAUUAUGGUCUGCAGUGGUGAAAUAGGGUUAAUAACACUUUUAUAUAAAAUCAUGUUUUGUACAAGUUGACAGUUAAGUGUAUGUUUCUCUCUGUAUUUUUACUUUUGUCACCUCUUGAACACUGUGGGUGGAACAGUUGGGAUUUUUUUUAAAGGGAUCAAUUUUUUAUUGUUGAUUUUUUUUCUCUACAUAGAAAUGUAUCGGGUGGCAUAAGCUAUGUAAUUGACAAAGUGACUACAGAUAUAUUCAAUAUAGUUGUAAAUGAUCGGCCAAUUCGAUAAUCAGAUACAAUCUACAUUUUAAGAGCAACUGAUGGAACAGUUUGGUUAUUGUUUAUUAUUUUGAAAAUACGUUUUGUUCAGUAAUUUGAGCAAACCUUUUUAUCAAUAAAAGACUGAGAUUAUGUUUAAAAUAUAAAACCUGAUAUCAGAGUGAAGAUGUGAAGAAGGAUGUAUGCAAAGGUUGGCUUUGUGUACCUUAUAGUGACUUGAGUCUCCAAUCAAAACAAGUCCCACCAAAUAUACCUGUAAACUUCAGUUUGAGCAAUGUUUAAUAUUUUGUUAUUAAGUUAAUACAUCUUUUUUGAAGACAAUUUCAAAAAGCAUAGCAGAUGACAUACAUUUGUAUUGUUCACAUAAUUGAAAAUAAGGCUAAUAAUUAAUUUUUCAAGGGAAAUAACUCUGAAACAAAUUACAGAUGAAAAGCAUGAAGUAGCAUAUAUCCUUAAGCUUAUAUUGGACUACUCGGUUCAACAAUCUGUAUAUUAAAGAUAUAUCUAUAAAUUUUCAUGCAAAAAAUAUGAAUUGUUUUUGUGAAAUUAUAUCGUUCGUUAAGGAUGCUGCACCGUACAAAAUACAAAAAAAGCAUUUAAAAAAAAA